AUGCACACAUUCACAUGCUGGGCAGUUCGUGGGCAGCAGGCAAAACGGAACAUUGUAACGGUGCCAACCACUGUAAUGCAUAUACAGUUUCGUGGCUCGUGGGGGGGUACUGUAGCUCACACGCUGGACAGGAUCAUGGUCAAUGGCCACAAGUACCACGAUGCCAGUGCUAAGCGCUUACAGGCCAGAGGGGAGCUGGCGCUGGAGAAUCUGCUCACCGCCUGCUCCAUGGACGGCAAUCACUUCUGGGUGAACACGGAGAAAGUGAUCAAUGGGAUACUCUACAACAGGCACAGGAGCCUCGGGGCCGCACUCAGCAUUUUCUUCAGUCAUCACCACAAGACGGGCAUCCUGCAGCUCAAGGAUAAGGCGUUGGUCUUUGGCUUCAUACCCGAGGUCGCUGCCGGUGGCGCCUUAUUCAUGUUCCACUGCCAGGCGCAGGGCAAACCGCUCUUCAAGGACUCUGAGAGUGCUCCGUAUGUGCUGCGUAUGCGCCAGAUGCAGCAGCUGCUGCACUGCAUCCUGACCACACUCAACGAACGCAGCUGGAAUGUGUCCUUCAAGAUACACAAGGUGGCGUGUGUGGCCAGGAAUCGAACAAGGGCGUUGCAUGUAGGAAGAAUGUGAUG